GGAACUGCACGCUUCUGUCGUGGUGGACGCACAGAGGUGACCUUCCCGAGACCACCGACACCCGUUCCCAGGCAAUGUGGCUUGCUUAGACUUGUUCGUCAGCUCUCUGGGUGGGCCGCACACGGCCUGGCUCAAGCCAGCCCCGUUCCGAGAGAGCAGGGCUCAGUCACACCGCCCGCCCGCCUUGGUCUCGGCAGCUCGUUCACAGCAUGAAGGAUGACAUUCAGAUGCGCUUGCCCAUGUUUGAGCUUGUGAUCUUUAUCUCUGAGAGGUUUCCACAUAUGCUCGCCGUCUUCGUGAUAGCGUUAUGUGCCGUGAACAAAAGGAUGCGUUUGUUGGUGAUCCUCGCCCCCAUCAUCGUAUUGUCCGUCCUUGUUGGCCUUGUUUAUUUCGAGUCCCACGAACUGGCUAAAGCGGAAGGCUACGACAUGAGUGGUCCUACUUUGCGCGGGGCAUUGGAGAAUUACAUCAAUGAUGGAACCGGGGAUCUCAUGCAUAUUCUUGAGGGCGGCCAGUAUCCACCGAUUUUCGGCAAGGUUGAGUUUCGCCGCUACUUAGGGACUUGGCUGGCAGGUACGUUGUUUCAUGGCACUGGGCAGGAUGCGGAGUAUCUCCCAGAAGCCUACAACAAGGGUGACGAUUGGUUCGAAGCCACACUUGGCGAGCCGAUGGUGUACACCGGAGCCAUUUACACGGGCCCCAACGAGACCAUGUGGAGCGCCCAGCUCAAGAAGCUCGACUUCAUCGCUCAUGCCUUGGGUGUGAAGCCAGGGGACAAGGCAAUGGACAUCGGAGCUGGCUGGGGGCGGCUGUCCAACCACCUGGCCAGCAAAGGCGCAGACGUCACAGGCGUCCUGAUGGCAAGCGACCAGAAGGCUUACGCUGACAGGAUGACCAAGAAAGUUGGACACACCGGCAAGGUCAACAUCCUUUUGCAGAAUUUCUUUGAUGUUGACAUCGCCCCUAAAACCUUCAACGUCAUCUCGUCUGUUGAGAUGGCCGAGCAUGUGGGCAUCAGGAACUACAAUCAGUUUUUGACAAAGGUGCACAGCCUCCUUGCGGACGAUGGCACGUUUUACCUCCAGGUCGCUGGCCUCCCGCGAGGUUAUGCGAAAGGUUACAACCACUACGAGGAUCUCGUCUGGGGCAUGUUCAUGGAUGAGCAUGUCUUCCCCGGAGCGGAUGCUUCUUGCCCAAUGGGGUGGGUUAUUACCCACCUUGAGCAGGCAGGCUUCGAGGUGCAAAACGUGCACAACCUUGGCGCUCAUUAUUCGAAAACUCUGCACCACUGGCAAAAGCUAUGGGAGUCGAAGAAGGACUCAAUCGUGAAGGUAUACGGUGAGCGUUCUUGGCGACGGUGGCGUGUGUUCUUGGCAUGGUCCGUCCGUAUCGCCCGGCGCGGCGGGAGCACGGUGCAGUUCAUCACCGCGACGAAGAGCGGCAACGAGAAAGCGCGGAUUGCCGCACAGGAUCGGCUGCUGCCAGGUCAGUUCCAGAUUCCGAGCUUCCCCUCGAGUGGCCCCGGUGGCGGGCCUGAUGGCUUCGUCGAGCCCCAGUAGGCUGGGCGCAGGGGUCCCGCAGGGCCACGAUCGGGGCUGGCUGCGGCUGGAGCGGGGAGCGGGAACCUGAGCACAGCCAGUGUCGAUUACUGCGUUGGCAUCGACAGGCAGCUGUGCAAUGCUCUGGCUGAACACCCAAGAACAUCUGGCAAUCGUGGGCUUUGGCCAUCUAUGUCAUGGUGGCGGGUACGCUGAGCAGGAGAUCGAACUGGUCUUCCACCAAUGGGCUGUGCCUUCCCCUUUCCUGCGGACGUCAAUUUUCUGCUUUGGAGAGGCCUAAGGGCUGCAAGCGGAGACUUCGAGCGGAUCAGGGGCCAAAGCGCUCCUUCCGAGCCGGAUUUCUCGGAGGGUCUUCCUGGCUCCCUCGGGCGGGGGGCGGGGCGCAGCGGCUGGGCCGGCCCCGCCUCGCAGCUCGGUUUUGCCAUCUUGGGGUUCUCUGGAAGAAUAUUUUGGGGGCUCUCGUGUCAGCCCAUUGAGGGAGCGAAGCAAGGCUUCAGGGGGGCGCCGACAGGGUCGGCGGAUUCUCUGGGCCGGUUGCGCUCCUGCAGUCGCUAGUCACUGAGUCUGCAGCGAGCUGAACAUGCAU